ACGACUGGUAACACCGCACAUAUGUUAUUCUUCCUCUUCUUCUUAAAUAUGCAGUCGCAUGGCCCGGGAAUUAAGUGUUUGUAGUUCAAGCAAAAACUGAAAAGGAAUGCUUGACAAACAUAUUCUGAAAGAAAUGCAGCUGAGCUUCCAGCUCACCGAACAGCGAGAACUAGCCUCUGGCCGCCGUAAGCCGGAAAACCCACAGCACCGACCUGCUGCUCCAAAGAAAAAAGUUGUUUCAAAGGUGGCCAGCAAACCUGAAAAGAUUUUGGAAGCAAUGAUUCAAAAAACGCAGAUGGAGUCGCCCAAAAAAUCCAAGAAAAAUAAGGCAGCCGGCACAAAGCGGCCUCUUUCCAAUAAUGUGUCGAAGCCAGACAGUUUUCCAUCCCAGAAGAGGCUUAAAAAGGAUGAUACCCUACCUAAAAAGAAUCCUUUAAAUAAAUCCUCAAAUGUUGCAGCUAAAAAAUCUGCUGCAAAAAGCAAAAGUGCUAAGCUUCCUCCUAUUCCCAAGGUUCAUAGGAUAGAAUCAGUUCCUAAGAAAACUAAAGUUAAGACUUCUAAUAACACAAAAAAAGCAAGUUUACCUAAGAAACAAAAGGUAAAUGGAGCCAAGAGCUCAUUGAAGGUUGUACAAAAUGGUAAAAUAGUCGAGAUAAUUGCCAAAGAGGAAUUAAGUGACACUGAAAUGAAUUCUUUAGAUGAUUGGAGUGAAGAAGACGAUUAUUUAAUUGAAAGUGACUCUGAAAACGAUGUAGUUGAAGAAAUAGACAAGACAUUUCUUAAACACCCGAAGAUUUUUAAGGCCAAAGGCAAAGGCCCCGAAUACAAAGUAUCAGAUAUUCUUCCUCCUUUUGAACACGAAGAAUACCAAGGUCUUUUGUUGAAUGGCGAUGGCAGUGGAACAGUUCGAAAGAUUGAGGUAUUUAAGGGAGCACAGGAAGAAACUGACAGCGACGAAGAGGACAUUGAUUAUGAGCCACGAGAUAGCGAUGACUUUGGAUCUGAGGAAUUUGACAGCGAAGUGUCUGACAGUGAAGACACAAGCAGCGCAGACUAUGAUAGUGACGGAGAUUUUUACAGUGAAGAUAGCGAUACGGAGGAUGUUAGUGACAGCGAUAGUGAAGAAUACGGAAGCGAUUUCUUCGACAGCGACGACUUCGAUUCAACUUAUGAGCCUCCCGACAUUGAGGGAUUCUUUGAUGAUCCACCUGUCGGUAUGCAAAGAGAGCCGCUUAUUAUAGAGGAAAUCUUCGACGAUCCCCCUGUGGAAAAAAAGCAAGAACUUAUAAAACAGUCAAGUUCUGUGGUGACUGUUGUAGGUCACUCAAUCAGUGAGCCCUCAAAGAAGGAGUCUGAAGCUGCUAUUGCAAACGAAGAGAAUGCCGAGGUAUCACUGCCUGAAGUUGUAACACCCGAAAAGGAAAAUGAUCUCAAACUAAGCGAUGCCCCGUUUUACAGAAAUCCGCAAGCAAAUCCCACUGAGCUUAGCGUCUUUGAGAACAGUCUGAAGAGCAAUCAUGUGCUGGCCGUGAUUAAGGAGGACCUCGAAGUUUAUGGCACACUAGUGCUGACUCUACUCUGCGGUCAAAUAUCAGUUAAUGGUUACAAAGCACGCAGGCACGAAGCUAUCACCAUUUAUUCUCCUAAAGGCCUUAAUUGGGUAUCUAUUUCGCCAACCAAGACUAAAAAACCUCUAAAAGAUGAGGUCGAUUGGGAAGAACUCAACAAGAACUUCACACGCGCCCAGCUAGACAGGAUUAAGACCAGCUUUCAGCGUCAGACGAAUGCAAUAGUACUGCUCCACCGAAACACAAGUGCACAGCAGCUCGUCGACACCUUUGGCAAGCACAUGGCGCAAAAUGUGUUCCCACUGGUCAAUUCUUCCAAUCGACCAUUUAGCCACAGUGAAACCCUGUUGCACUGUCUGAUUCAAUCGAGCGAUCAAAAGCGGACUCUGCAAGUUCCGCAGGUUUGGAAUAAGUUAAAGAUGCAUGCAACGAGCCGGAUAAUGGUAGCCGGUGGUAAGGGCGUCGGAAAGUCUAGUUUAUUGCGUUACCUCAUCAACCGAAAUCUGGGUCAGUUCCCAUCCAUGCUGCUCAUCGACCUGGACAUUGGUCAACCGGAAAUAUUUGUUCCGCAGACUAUUUCUUGCACCGUAAUUGAUGAGCCCCUUCUGGGACCGGGCUUCCUGUACAACAGGCAGCCGGAACAUGCCAUUGUCGUGGGCCACACCAACAUUGUCUUGUGCGCAGAGCAGUAUGCCCGAGCAGUUAUUCAGCUAGUCCAAAACAUUCAGAACGAUGCCAAGUAUUCAAAUAUUCCUUGGCUGAUAAAUACGAUGGGCUAUAACAAGGGCUUUGGUAUCGAAUUGAUGGCUCUGCUGGUGGAUCGCAUUCGUCCCACGGAUCUUGUACAGAUUGCCAGUCCAAUUCCAAUCAAUAACUUUGAUUCUGCCCUCGACCAGAGCAGUCUGUCGCAGAUAAAACCAAUAAUAUACUGUGCGGAGGAGUUCAAGAUCAAGGAAGUACCAAAAUACACGCUCCAUAAGCUGCUCAGUGCAGUGCCUGCAAAGGAAAAAGGAACUUGGAGUCUCAGCGCAAAGGACAUGCGGUACUCCAACCUUCUGGCACGUCUCAGUUCGUGCCUGACUGGAAAUGCCAAAUCUCUCACAGACUGCGAGCCGUUGGGAGUGUCUUUGGAAUCCCUUCAGAUACUGCAUCCCACCAGCAAGAGUUACUCGCGCGAGGAACUGAUUCGAGGCAUGGAGGCUAAUGUAGUAUAUCUGUGCCAUCACGGGGAAGGUCUGGCCCAAUGUUUGGGAAUAGGUGUGGUUCGCGCCAUCGACUACGAGCGCAAGGAGUUAUACCUGGUGCCAGCAAUGCCGCUACAAAAGAUGUCCCUGGUGGAUUGUCUUAUCCUCGGCGGAGAACAGGUCCUGCCGCAGGGCUUCCUCCGGGAUCAGGGUCAAGGUGUGUCCAGCAGUGUGCCCUUCGUGUUCAUACUUGACGAUUCGAAAUCUUCGAAGAGUAUCCAGCAGAUCUACCAUCGAGCGCCAGCCUUUCUGGGAGUACCAGCUAAUCAACGAAACUAAAACUGAGCUUACUGAAGCAAUCGCAAUCGGAUAACUUUGUAAAUAAAGUUAGGUUUAUUAACA